GGAACCAGCUUUUAUCAAUGCAUGGAAGUUUCCUGGUCCUCAUUUGUGUCGCACAUGUCCUUUCGGAUCCUUACCCAUACUCUUGGCAUGUCGGUGACCUCGCUUUUACUUGCGAGUUCGAAUAUGAUGGUUGGCAACAAGCUGGUACCUCUUGCUUUUACCCUAUUAAUAAAAGUCAAACAUGGAAUGAUUCUAAUAUAAUGUGCAGCAGUAACGUAUACAACUCUAGUUAUGCGACUAACUUACAGAAUUGGUUGAUUGCUCGUUCACUGCUCAAGAAAGUGACUCCUGGAAUCUACUGGACUGGCUUGCGAAGCACUGACAAUUCCAGCCUUCUAGAGGUCGAAUCAGAUCGGAUUCAAAUAAGCAUCUACAAUCCUCUUUGGGCUAGAGAUGCACCCAAGAUAGGCUAUUCCAAAAAUGAUUGCGUAGCGUUGGAUCUUCGUUCUGAAAGUAGUUUCGGCUGGCGCAUGUACGAAUGUACAGAGGAGCUACCAGUUCUCUGCGAAACAUUUGCAUGUUUGAAAAGUGAAUUUCGUUGUAAUGAUAACUCACGCUGUAUCCCAAAAACCUCUGUCAACGAUAAUGUCGACGACUGCGGUGAUGGUUCAGACGAAAAAAAAUUGACAAGAAGUCUGAUCAGUCUGAGUAACAAAAAUCGUCUUGCUUCCUUCCCAGUCUAUUAUAACUGCACUCACAUCGAAAUUAAUGGAAAUGGAUGGAUAAUGCUUCCACGUGACUACGUUAUAAACAAAACUUGCACGUGGGAAUUGGUGGCACCACUUUCACAUCCUUAUAUUUUCUUGAUUGAAGAAGAGUUCAACCGCUCAUGGGAUACACAUUUACAGCCUCAAAUAUUUGUCGCAAAAACAAAACUAAUUUUUUCUCGAACUAUCACUUCUGAGGAGCAUUCAAAGAAGUUCUCUGCUCACUAUCAUUUGAAAGAUGCUAUAAAGGAGUGCUCUGUCAAUACAUCUGCUGUGGUACAAGAUUUGAAAGAGGGACCUAGAAUUGAGUGUAGUUAUAGGUUUACUGCUCAUAAACGUGAUGAUUGUCCUUACAUAUUACUAGAGAUAACAUCUCUUCCACUAAGUGGAACGACGGCGAUUAUUAUAUCUUACGAUAAUAGUUCUUAUAUUCAUAAUGUCACUUGUGAACAAGAAAUAAUAGUGGUGCCAUCACAAUCGGUUAAUGUCAUUGUGCAGACGUUACAAGCUGAUGGUCGAGAAAAAGUAUAUGUAAGCGUGUGUUACUUGAAAGAUGCAGCGGAAAUUGCUGCCAGAUAUAAUGCGUUUGUUUUCAAAUGGCUUCCAUCUGCAGUGAAUGAUUGCAAUUUUCACAAUUUAAAAUUGACAGUUGACAAUGCAAACAUGUCAGUUCCAAUCCCGGGUACCCUUGAGGUUCAGGAAGUAACCAAGGAUGCUGGCACAGUCGAGGUCUAUGCUGAUGAUAAAAAUGAAACUCUUGCUUCAUCUACAAGAUUCUUCGUCAGGGAGAGAUUAGAGCUACUCAUCAUGCAAAAAAAUUCGAACUUUACUCUAGCGAUGAGGUACUCGCAAGACUGCCCGGACAUUCCGCAGGUGAUUCGUGUCAAGCAUAACUUGAUUGAUUCUCAUGCGAUAGGAAAUGUUGUGAAUUUUCAAUGCGAAAACGAAACUUUAAUGUUGUACGGUGCAAAGCAGAUUAAGUGCCUCAUAGGAGGCUUAUGGUCAUCAUCUCCUCCAGUUUGCCUUGAUACUACCCCAAAAGUGUGCCCACUUCCAAUAAUCGAAUUCGGCUACAUAGCCAAUGUGUCGCAUGCUGUCACCAAGUUUGGUGACGGGUCGAGUUUAAACUAUGGUUGCAUUUUUGGUUACACUACAUCUGUAAAUUCAACUGAAUCGGUGUGUUUGGAAGGGUACUGGUCUCCCUCUACUUCCUGUAAAGAAGCAACAUGCUUACCUUUCGAUAUUGAAAAUGGUAUAUUUGCCCAAAAAUCGUACCAAGACGGUGAACUCGCAUCUAUAGAAUGCCUUGACGGUUAUGAAAUCAAUCCGACGUUGCCAAUUUGUAUAGGAGGUGUUUGGAACGUUACUAACGUAACUUGCGUAGAUAUCAACGAAUGUGACAAUAAUCAGGAUAAUUGCGACCCUGAUGCCAUUUGCGAGAAUCUCGAAGGAAGUUACACCUGUAAAUGCCCAGACGGAAAAGAAUUGUACAUUGAGCAAGAGGAUGUAUACAGCCGCUAUCUAAUCCCAAACGUAUCAUGCAUAUGGACUUCAUGUGAUUUCGACAAUUUGACAAAGGAUGAAAGUUGGGUUGUUUGGAACAAAAAGAACCGUUACAGACACAGUGAGUCAGUGACAUUUCUGUGCAAUAUGACAUACUUGGAAGAAGCGACAUAUGCUAGCUUUACCGCAAAAUGUUUGAAUGGCAAGUGGGGAACUGUUAAAAAUCCUUGUGAAGAAACGUGUACAGUCGAUGAAACAAAGUACAAAAUAAGCGAGACUAAGCCCUCGGCUGCUACAGUACAUUUUUUUGAACAAGUGGAAGUCUCGUGUAAACAAACAGAACAAGUUAUGAUUGGUAAUAAAACGAUGGUCUGCGGACGAGGAAAAUGGUUUUUCAGCCCGACAUGUCAAGAACUGUAUUGUGCACCACUUAAGCUCGACGAACACCCUGAACUUGAGUGUGAACUCAAGAGACCGUUAAGCGGAUAUGUCGUUGGAAAUGAGCUGUUCUGCAAGUGCAAAGAUAAAGCUAUAAAAGGGGAUAGAAAUAUUACAUGUGAUAAAAUCGGAGAUUUCGAUGCGAUGUGGUCGGAAGGACUACCUAAUUGUACCGUUGCGGCUUUGCCUACAUUGCCCAUCCCAGCAAUUACCUACGAAGAAGAAGUUAUAUCAGGACCGCUGAGUGAAUGGAACUACUCCGCUGACUGGGGAUUCAAUACAACGUGGUUCGGCCUUGCGUGCGAAUCGCUACACUCAUACCUCGUUUCCCCACUUAUACCUCUCAGAAGUGAUUCGCUUACUCUCAUCCUGCAAAUACAACGAAUCGCUGGAGUUUUACUGAUUACGGUGGAUUCAUUCUCAUCGGAAGACGAUCCUCUCCGGGAACAUCGUAGCUUAACAAGUGUUUCAACUUCUGGAUAUGUCGAGAUACCACUCAGUAAACUCAAAAGAUACUUGCAAAUAUCUUUUGAGAAGUCUGGGACUGUACUAAUGCAGGAUAUUAUACUGCGCUACACAGAGUGCCCGACUACUUUCCUUGAUGGCGUCACUCUAGAAAAAUCCUAUGCAUUCUCAAAACCUCGACAAGUGGAAGGUCAUUGCAACACAAAUCUUGGUUUGACUACAGUGAGAGCUGUGUGUGAUUCGACCACAGGAUGGUCAUUACUAGACCCAAAUCCUUGCUGUCAAAAAUGCUCAUCGCUGCUGAAGGGCCCUUCUCGUGAAUGUGAUUAUACGGACUGUGCUAAUGCACAUGCGUGUUAUGUUACAGAUGAAGGAGUUAAAUGUGAUUGCAACACAGGUUUUGCACUCAAACCAGGAGAAGCGAAAUGUGUGCCUAGCAUUUGUUCAUACACAUUCUGUUCUAAAACAGGGCAAGGAAAGUGUGUCAAUGGCACCUGUGAAUGUGGAGAAAAUUUCGACUCCACCUUUUGUGAGAGGCAAACCCAGCCUUCCACCGACUGUGAGGCUCCCGAACUCAGAGUACAUCUUAUAGCCGAAGGGAGCGAUGCUGCAGAGUAUGCAUGCGUUUGCAAUGAGGGAGGGAUCUUUGGAAAUUGCGGUAUUCGGGAUCCAUGUGAAAAUGCGACAUGCAGCAAAAAUGGAAUAUGUUCUGUUGACUCAAAAACAAGGCUUGGUUAUAUCUGCAAUUGUACUGAUGGCUGGAUAGGGCAGGAUUGUAAUGUGUGGGACAAAAGAGCCAAAGCUGUAACAAAAUUGAGUUAUGCGAUAGCCAAGAAUGGAGAUAAUAGUGGCAAUGGCGAAUAUUUCUAUGAUUAUGGUUGCGAAGGUAAACAUUGCGGUACACAUCGCCAUUCCUGCUCCAAUUCUAGUACUUGCAAAAAUUAUGGUAUAUGUCGAGGAGAGACUGCAGAUAGAGUGCUGUGUCAGUGCUUGGCUGGUUACAAAGGAGAAUACUGUGAUGAUGUGAUUGAGUAUUGCCCUUUUGAACCGUGCUUCAACAAUGGCACCUGUCAAGAAAUGUUCGAUAAAGGAUACCGAUGUCAAUGUGAACAAGGAUAUUCCGGAGCGAACUGCGAGUUUUACCUUUGCGAAGUAUUCUGUGAGAACGGUGGGACAUGUGAAAUUACUAUAAAGAAUGAACCAAAAUGCACCUGUCCCCCUAACAUAGCAGGAGAAAGAUGUCAAUUCAAGUGUUCCAAUCUUUACUGUAUGAAUGGCGGAACGUGCAAAGCAACGGAUGAAGGGCUGCACUGCGAUUGCCCUGAAGGUUUUGGAGGACCUCAUUGUGAAAACUAUACGAAUCCAUGCGAAGGUUUUGUUUGCGAAAACGGUGGAACAUGUGUACAUCAAGAUAACAAGACUUUCUGCAGAUGCCUGGAAGGAUACGGCGGCGAUAAAUGUGAAAAAGAAUUGGAGAAAUGUGAGGAGUUCGUUUCACCACUUAUAUGUAAAUAUGGCGGCACAUGUAGUGUUGUUAACCAUACGCAACAUUGUGAUUGCACGCAUGGCUUUUUUGGAACAGAUUGUCAUGGGUUUGGAGAAACCUGUGAUGCGAUCAACUGUACCCAUUCGGGUGAAUGUGUUGACGACAACACCGAAUUCGGGCAUUGCAAUUGUCCUCUUGAGUACAACGGGAUAUUGUGUGAGAGAAAAAAAACAUAUUCCUAUAAUCUUCUCUUCAAUGGUCUACCCUCUACACAAAAUAUUACGUCACGCGAAUUUCCUUGUGAAUGGCUUAGGCAAGAGAGGAUGGCGACAAAUGAACCUUUGCCUCCAUAUUUGCAAAUAAGUACCACAAAGAUUUCAAACGGGGAGUCCAUAUUAUUGACACUCGACGACAGUGGAGUUCGGUUUGGUAAUGCUGAAAUUGUGGCUACGAUGUCGGGGAUGUCUUGGCAUCAGGUUUGUGUGCGCUGCACAAAUGCUAAUAGCGGUCAAAAUUUAUGGACCGUAUUUCUCGACGGAGCAUUCGCAACGAAUGCUACUAAUCUAAAACUGAAUGCAAACACAGGGAGCUGUCAGUUGCAACUAAGCCCAGAUGGUAACAAGCGUUUUCAGGGAGAGAUUAGCUUAGUUCAGCUGUACACAACUUCCUUGGAUGACGUAGAUGUGGCAAAAAUGGCUUUCGAAUGUAAAAGCUUCAUGUCACUACCACACAUGUAUAUGCGUCUGGGAUGGACAGAGUUUACUACGAUAGAAAUUGAUAAUCCCGGUGUUGUGGUGAACUAUCCUGGAAUAUGCGAGACUUCCAAUUGUCUGCCUGGAAGACCCUAUUGUGACGCAAAAAAAGACAAAAUCCCACCGACUGUGAGAUUAUGUCCCUCAGACAUACACAGAACAUCAUCAUCGCGAUUAACGCGUGUCGAAUGGAACACCACUGAUAUGUUUGCAGAUAACGUGGGAAUAACUUCAGUUACAAGCAAUUACUAUUCAGGACAAUUUUUCACUUGGGGUUAUUAUCGUGUUAUGUACACCGCAAGUGAUGCAGCCGGCAACACUGCUAUCUGUUCAUUCACGGUGAUUAUAGCUCCGUCUGAUUGCCAUGAACCUGAAGAUGACGAACAACUCCAAGGCACAGCACAUAUUGUUGGUGUGAAUGAUACGGAUGCCAUGCUGAAGGCACAAAUCAAAUGUAACGAUACAUACUAUCCUAGAGAUGAUCCAGAAUUUCACGUCUGCGAUACAUUAGGACAGUGGGAUCGCACAGUUUUUUGGCCAGCAAAUCGCACAUAUAUGUUCCCUGGCUGUGGUACCACUGUUGAUCCAAUACAAAACAUAAGCGGAAUAUUGCAGGCUUACGGAAAUUGUUCAUGGAUUCGACAAACUUUGCUCAAAUCUUUACUAGACGAAUUGACGCAGUACUGUGGAAACUGUGCUGAAGAAAUUCAAAUCGAUAAGUCUUGCCAGGGCGAGAAACCGAUAAUUCUUGCCAUGUCUAAAACCUGGUAUAGCAAUACGCGGAACGAGCCCACAACAAGCUUGAAAUUUUCCGUAAAAAUCGACAACACUAGAAAUCUACUCAAGAAUAAUAUAACCGCCAGCCUUCAAGCGACAUUUCCCAAUUCCACUCAAUCUAUCGAAGAAAAAAUCACGUGCCAUCCAGAUUAUCCGCGUUUGAUUAACGACAGCGAAAUUGCGAGCUGCGCUAACUGUCCUGCUGGAUAUUACUGGAACAAAGAGCAAUGUAUUGGAUGUCCUGAAAACGAAUAUAGAACAAAAGAUGAUCCUUUGAAAAGCUGUAUUUCUUGUCCGAAAGACAAAACGACUAGCGGACUUACGCAUCAAAGACAUAAAAGUUCCUGUCAUGAUAUUUGCAAUGCUGGCGAAUAUUAUAACGAAUCAAUGCGGAAAUGCACACCAUGUCCAAAGGGUUACUAUCAAGAAAAUUCUGGAAGUAGCACGUGUGUCGCAUGCCCUUCGGGUAACACAACUGCUGAAACGGGAAAAACGAAGAAAACAGAUUGUUCAGUUAGAUGUCAAGCUGGUGAAGUGUUGACUGAUAGGGAGGAUUGCAAAGCAUGCGAAAGAGGAACAUAUCUGAAUGAAGCGGGUACGCAAUGUAUCGAUUGUCCUUUGGGUCUGACUACAUUAUCUGUUGCAUCAAAAGACAUAAGCGAUUGCAAUGUGGUGAACUGCCCACCACGCACACAUGUAAACCUCAGUUGGAGAAAUCAAACUGACGCUGCCCAUACUUCCUUUACAGAGUUUUGCACCCAUUGCGAAGCAAAUACGUAUCAGGAUGAGUGGAAUCAGACAAGCUGCAAACCGUGUACGCCGAAAUCGCAAUGUAAACUUACCAACGAAUGCUCUCCGUUAUUGCCGGAGUCUUGUCCUAAGGAUGAAAAUUGUGUAGAUAGUGAAAUUGGAAUAUAUGUUUGCUCAGGAGUCGAUAUACAACCUACCAAGCCGCCUGAUCAAUGGAUUCUAUGGCUUGUUAUAUCAAUACUGGUGUCAGCGACGCUGGCGUCAUUAAGUAUCGUAUUAUGGGUUUAUCGGCAUUCCCUUUACAAGUUAAUGUUGUGCAAAAAAAGAGACUUGAGGAAUAUGGAAACACAACAAUAUUACCGUGAAACAAUAUCGAUAUCCAAUGUACCGAGGUUUGGCCAAGAUUAUGGCAAUUGUAGAAAUUAUCCACAGGGAAACCAGAGAUAUUGUCCUGCCGCUGUCAAAGAAAGCUUUCGAAGCUUCACCCCAAGUACACCAUCAAACGGGUUCGACCACAACUCUACGACAAGACCCAGCGGGUACAAUCUCCCACCAAGGAUUAUUACUAAUAGGAGAGAGCUUGAUCGUAUGGAAGCGCAAGCUAAAGCAGCUAAACACCGUGAAAUGGGUCUCACUUCGUCACACAGCAGAUAUACUGGCAGCGGUUUUACCGCAGACAUUUCGUCCGACUCGCCAGGACCAUCAAUAUCGGCACAAAUAGCUGCGUCGAGAAUCACACCUUCCGAACCUCGACAGCCUGCUCCCGAAUUUCGGCAAAGACUACCCGAAUUGAUCGAGAAUUCAAAUAGUAUUUCUUUCCAUAGCAGUGAAUCGUAUGAUGCAAAUCUGCUCGGGGAUGUUGAUGAUGACGAGGAUUACUUUGCUGAUUGAAAAGCGUUUGGAAAGCUACCCCAUUUGACGUGUCGCCGGUCCAACCCAAUACGUGUAUUUCGUUGUGUUUCGUCUAUAUUUAUUAAUCAUUUGUUAUAAGCGUUUCAACAGUUAAAUAUUAGGUUAUCCCAAAAGUAAACUCCUUUUUUGAAUAAUUCAAGCUGUUUUUAUUUCCUUAGCCCAUAUAGGGUAUCAUUCGAUAGAGCAAACUCUACAAAAUGACCGCCAAAGGUCCGCCUGCCCUCCAUGUGAAGUAUGGAGUCAAAAUCGAAGAAAAUUCUGUCAUUUGCGAAGAAAAGCUCUACGGACCUCCAACUUGGUAAUUAUACAGUAAGCACGUAGUAAUACUCAAAUAUACGUUUACUACGUUUUUCCGAGCAUAGAAAGCGAGAAACAGAAAUUGUCCAAAAAUGGCAAACUCCGCCCCAGCCCCUUUUACAUAUGUCAUUGUAUACUACAAGCCUUACUUAGUAUAAACUUAGAGUUUCACCUCCGC